CGACGAGGUUGCCCUCGCGAUGGCGGGCAACGUCUUCAAGCGCAUGUACGAGCAGGCGGCCAACGCGGGCGCCGCGGCGCGGCUCGCCACGCAGAUCAACGUGUCGGUGCUCGCGCGCGUCGGCUCCGCCUGCAAAAAGGUGUCCGCCUUUGUGGCUGACAUGCUCCUGUACGCCGGCGACGACGAGCGCAAGCUACAUGAGGAGAUCGUGCUCUCGCUCCUCCUCGCGCAGGUGGUCGCGAUGACCACCCUCUCGCCGCGCCUCGCCAAGCACCUCACCACCUCGCGCUCGCCGCACGCGGUCGCCUUCAGCGCGUGGCUGGUGCGGCGCACGAUGCUCGACGAGCCGCUCGUCGCGGCGACCGACGCCAAGGAGCUGUUGGGCGCGCUCGCCGCCCUCGCGCAGCAGCCGAACCCGCCCGAGGGCCUGCUGCGCCUGCUCGAUGACCUCCGCACCGCGCUCGCGCAAGGCGGCGCGCAGGGCGGGCGGCUGCCCAAGCCGCCGCCGCCCGCCGCCGCCGCCGCCGCGCCCGCCGCCGCCGCGCCGCCGCCCGCCGCGGCAGCGGCCGCUCCGCGCCGGCUUCCCCCCGCGGAGCCACCGGACGCCGCGCUCUCACACGCGCGCGAGCAGCUCGCGCCGCUCUGGGCAGAGUGGCUCUCGCUGUGCGGCCAGCAGGGCGCCAACGAGCGCGGCUUCGUCUCGCAGCUGCAGGCGGCGGGCUGGCUGCGGCAGGACGAGCAGGGGGAGCGUUUCCUGCGUGUGACGACGGAGCUCGCGAUCGCCGCCGCGCACGCCGACGGCUCGGCCGACGGCGGCACGCGGUUGCCGCUCGCGUUCGGGCCACUCGACGCCUACUCGAAGUUGGUCGUGCUCAUCCUCAAGUCGCUGACGCCCGAGCCGACGCCGUCGGGCGCGCGCGACACGACCCCCGCGGCGACGGCUGCCACGGCGCGCGCGCAGCUGGCGGCGCUCCACGAGCCGCGAGCAGGCUUGCUGACUUCAUUCGUGGAUGACUCGGUGUGCGUCCGUCUAGGUGCCCACCAUCACGAGCCUCCGCCCGGCGCUCCGCCGACGCCGCCCUUCAACCAGCGCGCGUACUUGCGCCUCUUUGGCAACUGGCUGCUUGAGCUGGCGGCGCCCGACCCGGCGCUCGACACGCUUCAGCCACAAAUGCUCUACGCUUUCGCCGCCGCCUUCGAGGCGCUCCGCCCGUCCCGCGUCCCCGGUUUCGCUUUUGCGUGGCUCGAGCUCGUCUCGCACCGCUCCUUCAUGCCAAAGCUGCUGCUCGCGCCGGGGCGCAAGGGGUGGCCGCGGCUGCAGAAGCUGCUCGGGCACCUCUUCUCCUUCCUCUACCCCAACCUCACCGCGCCGCGCCUCUCCCCGCCCACGAAGCACUUGUACCGCGGCGCGUUGCGCGUGCUGCUCGUGCUGCUGCACGAUUUCCCCGAGUUUCUGUGCGACUACCACCUCGCGUUGUGCGACGCCAUCCCGCACACUUGCGUGCAGUUGCGCAACCUCGUCCUGUCCGCCUUCCCGCGCCACAUGAUGCUGCCUGACCCCUUCACGCCCAACCUCAAGGUCGACCUCCUCCCCGAGUCGUCGCAGCCGCCCACCGUCCUCUCGCCCUACACGGCCGCCCUCUCCGCCGCCGGCAUCCUCGAGCCGCUCGACGCUUUCCUCAAGGGGCGCGGGCCGCGAUCGCUGCUGCAGGACUUGCGUCAGCGCCUUGUCGGGCCGGACGGCGCCCACCGCGUCGCCGCGAUCCACGCGCUCGUGCUGCGCGUCGGCCUGCGCUACCCGAACAACCACACGCACUACUUCUCGUGCGUCCUCCUCUACCUGUUCUCGGAGGCGCGCGACGAGCCGCUGCAGGAGCAGAUCACGCGCGUCCUCGUUGAGCGGCUGAUCGUGCACCGGCCGCACCCGUGGGGGUUGCUCAUCACCUUCAUCGAGCUCAUCAAGAACCCGCGGUACGAGUUUUGGGCAAAGAACUUUACGCGCUGCGCUCCCGAGAUCGAGCGGCUCUUCGAGUCGGUCGCGCGCUCGUGCAUGGCGGGCGCGGCGCCCACCCCGGGCGGCUCGUCCGAGGCGGUGGCCUAG